CUCCACAUUUCAAAGCAUAGCAACUUGCUGGUAUGACUUGCUGGUGUACCUGAUGGAAACAAUGGCACACGGUGUCAGCUGAGCCUUUCCAACCGAGCCUCGAUAAAUCCGAGGGUCCUCUGUAGUCCUGCUUGAAGUCUCAGAAGAGUCGGAGGAUAACAAUGCAGUGCACUCCUGAAUCCAGUGUCUACUAUGGCAGCUGCAAAGGCCAACAGCGUUGUGAGAGUUCUGACAGUGGCUACUCGGGAUUCUUUCACAGUCCACAUAGCAUCAAUGGGCUGAACUCCUGCGGCUCCUUACCGGAUUUCAGUGACACACCAAAAGAGAAUUUCAGACCCUCGGUCACCCCCAAGGAGAAGACCAGAGAUUUAAUACAACCUUUGCACAAACAUUCCAACAGGGUAACGCAAACCUCGGCUGUGAACUGGUGUGAAACCCCUAAAGUAUACAAAAGAGAUGCGCCAUUACGACACAGACUACCUAUGUGCAAUGCCACCAAUGAUCAAUCCAAAAGAUCUCCAUGCACUGCAAAUACAUCCCGUGGAUAUGAUCAUUGGCUCAGUGUGUCCUUUGAAUCUCUUGACACCGUGCCACAGACUUCGAAUUCAAGUGCAUUAAACUUGAAGCAGGACUCCUUAUCAGGUAGAAAACGUCGACUGCUCUUCUCCCAAGUGAGGACCUCAACUCUUGAAGAUGGUACUCUCGGCUUGUGUCACCGCAACAGUUUGGAGAGGCAUAUUUCACUCUUGGAUGAUUUCAGGGACAGGAACCGUGUCUCUGAUCAAGUCAGAGAAUCCCCAUGCUUAAGCACCUCAUCCAAGGAAAACCUUCCAUCGCCGGUUGGCAACCUCUAUUACUCCUCGGAUGUCUUGUGUACACCAUCGUCCACACAGACUCCUAAACAUAUCGGGUCUCUGUGUGAGGACAGUGGUUUCAGUUCCCUCACCCCGGAUGAAUCCCAAGACUCCUCCGUCAAUCACGACGGCUCGUUCCAAGAAUUGCUGCCAUCUUCCCGAAAAGGAAACUCUGGAACUCCAAAUCUGACAGAUGCAAAACGCCGUUCCCGUUUGCAACGCCAACACAGGCUUUCCACUCUUAAGGAAGGAGGCUCGCAGUCCGAAGAAGACCCGUCUGACAGAACGCACCAACCAUGCCGCCAGAGCUCUUCUAAAGAUGACAAUGUUUUUAUCAGUGCUACCCCUCGCAGGGUCCUCGCUCUUAAAUAUGUCAACACUUCCUCUGGUGGGUUGGCUUCGACUAGACACAGCGGUACCACUCCUCUAAGAGACACCACAGUUAAACUCCACAGCGAGCCUCCUUCUAGUGCCAAAUCUGUGAAUUCUGAAAUAACUCCUCUCAAGACAACUGUGGCCAAUCUGUCGUUGACACCUGCUUUGCAGAUGGUCCAUAUUUUGUCUCAGCAGAGGGCCCAGAUGUUUGCUGGCGCAAGUCCAAGUCUGAAAGAGCAGAUAAGGUUAGCAGAAAGUCUGGCUAGGACCCCCAUAGUGUGCAAGACAACUAUGCCGUUGGCGGGAUUGAUUGGCCGCAAGAUGGGCUUGGAGAAGGUGGACAUAUUGACUGAGCUGAGGAAACGGAACCUCAGGCACAUCCUGGCUGUUAUUCUUGGCCUCCUGUCUGCUGAGUGUAUCAACAGGUGUGGUCAUGUUUGCAAAGGAUGGGAAGAAAUAAUCCAGCAAGACAAGCAAGCUCGCUUUAGAAGAGAGAGUCACAGACUUGAAGUAGAAGCUUCUCGAGAGGUCGGUGGGACUGUGCCUGACAGUGAAAACAGACUGACUCGAUCUAAAAGAUCGGUCCUUCAGACCAUCCAGACUCAAUCCACAACAUCCAGUCACUGCACCCCACAGUCUGGAACUCGCACUUUACCUUUGGGUAGCAGCAGGAAAUGGGACAAGUUCGUAGAGGUUGCCAAAACCCUCUUCAAUGAUGAAUGCCUCAGACAUUGCCCUCGCUGUCAGCAUCCUGCCAAAUGUCAUUCGGUGAAAGGUGAAGGUGUUUGCACCAGAGAUGACUGUUCUUUCAGGUUUUGCACAGCUUGUUUGUGUGCUUUCCACGGCUCCAAAGAAUGUGACCGCCAAUCUGUAGGACUUCACAAGAAGGACGUGUUACUUCCAGGAAGUGCCCAAAGGAGGCGAAGCAUUAGGAGACUAUGAACAGACAAUGCAUUCCUAGCUGCUACUCGGUUAUUUUAUAGACAUAUUUUUUUUACACUGAAUAGCGAAGGCUAGAAUGGAGAAAGUACUUUGUACAUAGUACAUGAGAGCUUAUUCUGUACGGAUCACUGUGUGUGUGUGUGUGUGUUACAUGUAAUUUUUUCCCCACAUUUUUCAACAAGAGUCCUGUUUUUACUCAUGAAGUCUCAUUUGCACAUGAUUCUUAGUCAGUGGUUGAUGUACUUUUCCAUAUGUGUUAUUGGUGUGUUUUGAUUUUGCGAUUU